AUGGAAGACGCUGUGGAUCCCAUUGUGGAACAGGUCCUACAAGAACAACCGCCCGUAGACGCAGCAGCGGCUGCCAUGGAAACGGAAGCCCCUGCCGCUGAUGGAGCUGUGGAGACUCCUGCACCCGAGGCUGCAGUCGAGGCUGCAGUCGAAGCUGCAGCCGAGGGGAAAGAGGAUGAUUCCUCCAAGCCAGCAGUCCCUGUUCCUGCUGCGGCGGCGGCUGCUAAGGAAGGAGAGACACCGAAGAAACCCAAGCGCAAGGAAAUCAGAAAGCGUGUGCGAAGAGUCGGAAAAUCAGAGCCUCGCAAGUUUGCCAAGACGGAUGGUGGUUCCAGUAAUCCAAGCGGAGAGGGAACCUUGGAGAGCUUGACUGGGGCUGCUGCACGAGCAGAUGGGGCUACCACAAUGCCAACUCGUCGAGUUCUUUCGAAGCACGAUGAAAAGUGGAACAACAUGUUUGAUAAACUCGUGGAAUACAAGAAAGCAAACAAUCAUACAUUGGUGCCACAAUGCUACCACGAUGAUCCUCGUCUUGGACGAUGGGUUCACUACCAGCGUGUGGAAUAUUGGAUCUUCCAGCAAUCGGGGACUGGCAAGAUCACCCCCGAGCGCAUUGGCCGUCUCGAAUCGAUUGGCUUUGAAUGGGACCCUCAAAAGGCACAAUGGAAUAUCUUGUUUGACCGCCUUGUCAAGUUCAAGGAAGAAGUUGGCCACUGCAAGGUCCCCAAGGGAUACGCCAAGGACACUGAACUGGCCAACUGGGUUCGCAACCAACGUCUCGAACAAGCCAAUUCCAAAAAGGGAAAGAAGUCUCGGAUGACUCCCGAGCGAUACGAGAAACUCACAAGUCUAGGCUUCCGUUGGUCUACCAGUAUUGCCAAGAAGGGAACCGCCCGCAAGCCUUCUCCGGCUGCCACAGCCGAACAUGCCGCGGCGGUUGCCGCGGCUGCCAAUGAGCUUACGACUGCUGCGCCAAAGGAAGAUCCUACCGAAAAGGCAGUUGAAGCGGCAGUAGCCGUGGCCAUUGAAUUGGACAAUCCUGCUCCGUCGAAUAAUGGUAGUGAAAUCAAAGACGAAGACGAUCAUACCGUCAUUCAAAUUUAA